AUGGAGGCCGCUGCCAAACACUUCUUCUCCUCCCCACGGUUCGCCGUAGCCGGCGCCAGCACCGAUCCCAGCAAGUUUGGCUACAAGAUCCUCGCCUGGUACCACCAGCACUCUCUCCCCGUUACCCCUUUGAACCCACGGGCCUCCGAAAUCGCCCUGCCUUCGAAGACAUAUAGCACUCUGCCAUCCCCCUCCGCCCUCCCGGCACCUACCCAGACAUCUCUCUCCAUCGUCACCCCGCCUAAAGUGACGCUUGCGGUCCUUAAGGAGGCCAAGGCCGUGGAUGUCCCCGCCGUGUGGCUGCAGCCGGGCACCUUUGACGACGAAGUGCUGGAGUACGCGCGGGAGAACUUCAGGGCGGCGGUUGCGGGGGAGGAAGCAGGGAGUAAUGGGAGCGAGGGCUGGUGUGUACUUGUUGAUGGGGAGGAUGCGUUGGAGGCAGCGGGUGUGAGUUGGACGGCGCAGAAGCUGUAG